UGCUAAAAUGGCUACCGACGUGUUCGGUGACCUAUCUCUAUUCGACGAAUUUGAAAAGGACAGAAAUUCUAGCGCGUCAUUUAUAAAAUAUGAUGUCACAAAUGAAGGGCAAGAAGACAAGAGUAAAAUAUUGUUUAAAGUUGGAGCGUCUGAUGAUGAAUCUUCAUCAGAAUCCAUCAGUGAAUCUGAAUCAGAAAGUGAAACUGAAACCGAAAAUAGAGAUGUCGACAUUGUAAAUAAAACUGACUGUGAGAAUGUUGAGCAAAUAAACACAACAAAUGAAAAAGUGGAAUCUAAAAAGAUUACUUCAUUUAAACUACAACAUGAGCGAAAUAAAUACAAGAGAUUUGCUGAUUUGAUAGAUUCUACAAGGAAAGUUCAAGACACUGAUAGCCCUGCUUGUCAAAUCCUCUUUCAUAAUAAUAAAUUUUCAAGGAAAUACAGGACAAAUAUAGAGAAUUUUAUCACUGGCUUGUUGUAUAAAGAAAUGUUUGACAGAUCUGACCUUCCAGAACUUGACCUUGAGCCUUCAACCUUGACCUGUGUAGAUAUCAAUGAAAAACUAACAGCUCCUCAAAGAAAUAAGUCCAUGUGGUCAUCACAUGCCAUAAUUGGUUGUUCCCAUAUCUAUCAGUAUUUCUUGAUAGACACCCUAGGCUGGCCUCUUGUUAACUUCAAUCCAUCAUUAACAGACAGCUGGGAAAUACCAAAAUUUGAACAAUGUUUCUUAGAUCCAAUACCAUUUGAUGAAGAAGAGUCUGUCAGAGCCAAACCUGGAAGACCCAAAGCCACCUGCUUUAAUUGUGGUGGUGAUCAUAUGAUCUCAGAAUGCCCAGUUCCCAAAGAUUUUCAAAGAAUCAAGAAAAAUAAAUCAGAGUUUUUAGACAAGAGUGGUGGUCCAAGUCAGAAGCUAACAGGGUCCAGAUAUCACCGAGAUGAUGAUCCAAGAUUUGCUACAUUCAAACCAGGACAAAUUAGUGACAAACUGAGAGAGGCUUUAGGUCUAUCCCCUCAACAGAUACCUCAGUAUGUAUAUAGAAUGAGGAUGCUGGGUUACCCCCCAGGGUGGUUAGAGGAGGCAAAGAAACAAGGCUCUGGUCUCAUGUUAUUUGAUAAACAUGGGAAAGAAGUGGACAUAACAGGACAAAGUAUGGAAGAUGGAGAAGUCAACGAAGAAAGAGUUCAAGAACCCCAAAUAGAUCCUAACAGAAUUAUGGACUACCCAGGUUUUACUGUAGAGUUAUCUGAAGGCUUGGUUGAUGAGCAUGCAGAGUUAGGGUUCCCUCCAUUACAGCCUCAUCAACUUAAAUCAGCUUUAUUUCAAAGACAGGAAAUGAUGGAUGAGAUGAAAAAGAGAAAAUUAGAACAGGACGAACAGGUUAUAAAAAAGAAGAUGAAAGUUGAAGAAGCUGAAAUGGAAAUAGAAGAUGAUGAGACUCAUGCCGACAGAAAUGGUGAAUUUUUAUCUCCGUACAGCAGCUCCCCUGUUGCAACAGAAGGAAGAAAUAAAAAGCGUGUACCCCUACCUGGUAAUCCUCCUUUACCAUGUGACACACCUCCUGGGAAACCUCCUCUACCAAUGGGAACACCUCCACCCACACCUGAGGAAAUUUUACGUAGGAGAGGACGUACCCCAUUAUCAGGUCAACCUCCUUUACCUAUCGCUACACCUCCAGGUAGGCCUCCAUUGCCAGUAGGAACACCUCCCCCAACUCCAGACAUGCCCAGUCCAAUUCAUCGCCAGCUGUCAGCACUUAGUGCUAAAUCAGGAAGAUCAACAUCACCAACAUUAGAUGAUUUAGAAAAACAAUACCAGUUGAUACAAGAAAAACUUUGUCAAGAUGAGAAUGUUGAUGACAUAGAAUUACAGGUUGUCGACAGUAUCGAAGAGGAGGAGGAUGAGGAAGGAAGUCUUCAAGAUUUAUCAGGUGCCCAGUUAACACGUCAAGGAUCAACUACAUCUAUACAGACAUUUGGUGAAUUAGGGACAGGAAGUCCAUCUACUUCACUACCUGGUACCCCAGGGGUUAACCUGGAUGACUCAUUUACUAAUCUCAACUCAGUGUGCUCAAAGAGUAAUUCUAUCUCAAAAGACUAUGGUACUCCCAUUUAUAUGAGAACAGUCAGUAAAGAAAAGCUGCCCACUGCUUCAAGUUUUGGGCAAGGUAUAGAGGACCAUAUACCGUUUGAAAAUUUGCCUGAUUCGACAGGAAGUUAUAGCAAAAUGUCAAAAUUGAUAGACAAAAUCAGGAGUAAUAUCAAACGGAAGAAAAGAUGAUGGAUGCACAGUUAUAGUGGUAUCCAACUUGUCUCUACUCGUUUUACAAGAAUUGUCAAAUUCAGAUAAACUUUUUAUUUUGAUAGAUUAAUAUCCUUGCAAAAGCUGUAUGCAUAGAUGAGUGAAAAAUCUACAGUAAAAAGUGUCAAGUUAAGGAUGUUCGCACUCUGUUUCAAAAUAACAAGCUUUUUAAAAGACUGCUAUAAAUUGAUAGUAUAUAAUUAAAGAAACUAAAACAGCAGAAAAAAUGAAGGGUCCGUGUGCUUGUUUUCAAGAUAUAAGCCAUUGAAAAUUUUGCGGGAAAUAAUUCCCUCUAGAUUUUUCAUACAUUUAACAUUGGCACCUUUUUUAUUUCAAGAACUAUGAAAAAAUAACAAUUAUUUUACAAGAUCUUGAAAAAUGGCUUUUCAAACUAUAUGAAAUAAAAUGAUGAAAAGAAAAGUAAAGGUUAGUGGGCAAAAUUUUUAUUGGCAUUACAUGGAUAAAACCAGAGGAUUCCGAAUAUCUAGCAAAAAUUCCAAAACAAGAAGAGUGAACAUCCUUAAGAAAAGUGCACAUAUCUUGGUUUUAGUUGAUAGUUGUUUCAUUUGUGGUCACACAGCAUCUCACAUUGAUUUAUAAAAGAAAGUUUAUACUAAUUUCUAUACAUUUGUCAUUGCCUUUGUAGUUUUCAUGCAUUCAAACAGUUCUAAUUAAUAAUUGUAAUAAAAGAAAAUAGACAUUGCUUGAGAGAAAAACGUAAGAACAGAUUUGAAGAACCUUCAUUUUUGUGCAGACAGCUAGGUAAAUUUAGAAGUAUGUUUUUGAUCUUUUCAUAAAAACAGAUAGGUGAUGUUCCAUUUAAGCAUACAUAGUACCCAGGAAAGGCACUUUCAAAAUGGGGUAACCAGUAUAGAGGCAAAUUUAGAAUUUCACUUACAUUUUCACUUUACUUGACACAAACCACAGUCGAGGUGUCAAAGUGCAUUUCCUGUGUACCAUGUUUUCAUGGAACAGCCCUAAAUAUAUUUGACUGAUUUUGCAAUGGCUUCAUUGUUUUCUUUCCUGAAAGAAGUUUAAUUUUAAAAUAGUUAAAACAUAAAAAAGUAGAAUGCAGUUCAGAACAAAUUACAAGAUCUGAUUUGUGUGUGUGUAAAUGGCAAAAUAAAAAAAAAGCUUGGUAAAAGUGAGCUUUUUAUUUUUAAUUUUAUUUUGUAAAAUUACAUCUUCAUGAUAUUUCUUUUCAUUCAUGCUAUAAAUAUCUAAAUAACUUAAAAUAUAAUUCUGUUCAUAAAAUGUCUAUUAAUGACCAUCAACAAUAACUUUGAAAGGGACUUGAUCAAAAUCUAUAUAUUUGAUAUAAAACAAAAUUUCCCAGUUAAUAUAUUUUAAAGUCAGUUUAAUUUAGAAAUUAGAUGAUAUAGAUAAAAAUUAGAUUUGUAAAUGAGACAGCAGCCAAACUACACAAUACUGGACAACUAUAUAUGUACAAUGCAUCAUUGUUUAACAUUCAUAGCUCAUUUUAAAAUGAUCGUAUUGGUAAGUAAAUGAAUAUUACACUGAAAUUUUUAUUGACAUGAAAUUUUCACAUUUUUGUUUAAUAAUUGUCACAGCAAGAAGAGUGAUAAUUAUUUUGUACUUUGAUUUUAUUACUAUCAGACAAUACUUAUAUUGCAUGCUUUUUUCAUUGACACUACUGGAUAGAUGGUACAACAAUCAUUUCAUUCUACAUAUUUUAUGAUGUUAUAGAAAUGUUUCCUUAAACAAUACGACACUAUGGCACAUUUGAUGGCAGCUAUAUGUUGUACUGUAAACAUAAUGCAUGAAUUGUAAAGAACAAUUUUCUAUCUGUUUUUAGAUAAAAAUCUUUAUUUUGUGAUUUAACUGUUGGCGAUAAAUCCAUCUUAAAAAUACUGUAAUCGAAGAAGCAAUUGAAUUCAUUCUGUUUGUGUAGGAGACAGAAGUAAAAAUCAAGAAAAAGGAUGAAAUAAAAGUAUUUUUAACUGU